AUGGCCAGCAACUCAGGCCCUUCGCACAGCGGAGGUAACACGACCGGGGGGCUGGCACCAACAUUCAUCGGAGAGGUCUACACCACGUUUGAUGCGUUGAUCUUGUUCGAGGCCUGUCUCUCAGGCAAAUUUAAUCAUUGUCCGCGUCGUCCUCAUGACCGGGAGCGGGCCCAGCUUAUCAAGAGCGGGCACAUCUUUGUCUAUGAAGAAGAGUCAUCCGGUAUCAAGCGCUGGACUGACGGAGUGAACUGGAGCCCCAGUCGCAUCCUGAACAAUUUUCUGGUGUAUCGCGAGAUCAUUCCCAGCAACAACCCUGGCGAGAAGAAGCGCGCUCUCAAGAACAAGAGUGAGAACAGCAGUAACAGACGCUCGCAGAGCGGCGGCAUCGUCAAAAAGGAGCAUUCGCCACCCUCAGCUCACUUGACAGAUACGUCCCGCCUCUCAUUGAACACCAGUGGGGACUCCGGGACUGGUGGCCCCGGUCCUAGUACCGGCGCCCACAUUAGCGAGGGCACGGAGGCGCCCAGAGAUCCUCUUCGCGAGAUCAUCGGUUCGCUUACUGAUAGCUACGACUUCAAGGAGCCAGAUGGCCUGGUCAAGAAGACCAUCAGUAUAAAGUACAACAACAUCAAUCACCAUCUGGUCUCGUAUUACACAAUCGAGGAUGCCCUGUCUGGCAAGUUGAGGCGCCCCAGCACAUGCCAGGACUUCUGCGGACUCAGGAUCCGCGCAGAACUGCUCUUCCAGCAACAGUUUCGUGCGACCAUCAGCGAUUUUGGCGGCGAAGCAGUACGCAUGGCGGACGGUCGCCAUUACAUCCCUGCACACUUUCUUCAGGUCGGCGCACAGGGGCCUCAGAUCUCACCGGACUUGAACCACCCCUUUUCACCCACUGGCGUGGCCUCCAUGCACAUGCAGCAUCCGCAAGGCUCUCCCAUGGUCUUCCCUGCAGGCAUGGCCGCAAACCCAAUGCCAGGGUAUAGUCAGGAUCACAUGCAACAUAUAUCCCCAGGACAUUCGGUUGACAUGCUGAACAAUGACUAUGCCCAUUUGCAGCUCUCAGCUCAGCAACAGCAACAUCACCAGGCUCAGCUCCAUCUCCAACAGCAUGGGCAACAGCAACAGCAACAGCCGCAUCACGACGCCAACCAUACCGCGGUGCAACAUUUCAAUCCUGGUCAUAUGGCUGCCGCCUCAGGCCCCUUUCCAGGUAACAGCUUUGGUGGCCUUGACCCCUCUUUUGCUCAGAACGGCAGUGAGUACAUGCUGUCCAGCGCUGCUGGCUUCUCGUCUCAACCUCAGUCCAACGGCAUGACUGGCGGCUCUCAGGGUGGUGCAGAGUAUACUCCAGAGAAUCCAGCUUUAUUUCACCCCGAGAUGACCAACGGCCUUGGCUCGUCUGCCGGUCUGCCCCCGCAGGAUCAGCAAGAUGAGAACGGAGGCGGGCACGGCGGUAUGAGCGCCCCGCCCUUUUACUUUGUUGACGAACACGAUGGAGGAGCCUCACAAUUUUAG